AUGUGUUAUGCUUCUUACAUGUAACUCAUCCCUAGCCCUCACCUUGUCUGUAUACAAUACAUGUCAUGCCCGGGUGGACCCACUCAACUUGAACUUUGACUUUGGCAAGACGGAUAAUUACCGGACGGUAUUCGUCACGGUUGUUAGUUUAUGCUCGAGGACCUAGAAGCAACAUGGCUUAUCUCGCUCUGCUGCUUGUUUGUCUCCAAGGAGCUCUUCCACAUACGGUGACAACUGCUCAGUUCAGAGGUGGUGAUGUGCGUCUGGUCGGCGGCUCCUACCAGUGGGAGGGACGAGUGGAAAUAUUCUUAGCUGGAUCAUGGGGCACUGUCACUGACUCUGACUGGACCAGUGAAGACGCACAGGCUGUCUGUCACACCAUGGGAUACUUCAGACCUGACCCCAGAAAGUAUCAAAAACUGGCAUCUACAGAGUAACAUUAUAGGGUCUCUAAAAUAUACUGGAGCAUACUUCGGACAAGGAAGUGGCCCUGUCCAUUUUGACCACGUUGUGUGCUCUGGCAUGGAAUACAACUUGACUGACUGUGAGACAGGGACAGGAACAAGACAGAGCAGCCAUGAUGAGGAUGUGGGAGUCAAAUGCAACACAAUUGAUGAAAAUUAUCGCAAUGGUGACAUUCGUCUGGUGGGAGGACCUCACAACUGGGAGGGUAGAGUGGAGAUAUUCUGGAAUGGAACAUGGGGAACUAUCAGUGAUGUUGACUGGGGUAUGUCAGAAGCUCAGGUUGUGUGUAAACAACUUGAACUACCUUUGGAAGGUUCAGUGCCAUCCCCCUAUGGUCAAGGCAGUGGUGUCAUUAGGAUAACCUCAGUCAACUGUUCUGGAUCUGAAAAUAAUGUUAUACGAUGUUCUCUGUCUAUGGGGUCCUCAUCAAACCAUCAGAAUGACGUGGGAGUUAAGUGUGGAAAAGGUGCCGACUACAAGCAUGGAGAUAUUCGUCUGGUGGGAGGAUUCUAUAGCUGGGAGGGCAGGGUAGAGAUAUACCUCGAUGGAGUAUGGGGUACCAUCACUGCCAAUAGCGCAGAUGGGGAAGAUGGAGCUCAUGUAGUUUGCAGACAACUUGGUUAUGAUACACACUAUGGUUUUGACAGAAACUACUAUGAAGCUCAUUUUGGAGAAGGUGUUGGAACAAUACAUCCUUACCGAUUGGGAUGCUCUGGCACUGAAUACCGACUGGUUCACUGUUAUAUUGUCUCUAGGUCAUGGUAUCACAAUAAAGAUUGGAGUGUUUCAUGUCUCAAUGAUGUCCCUGAAGAAGGAGAAGUAAAGCUCUUCGACAGAAGGAAUAAUUACAACAGAGGUCUGCUGCAGGUAUGGCUGAAUGGGAGAUGGGGAGUGGUGUCUGAUACGGCGUGGACAAUUGAAGACACAAAUACUGUAUGUCGCCAGCUUGGAAGGAAUGGUAUAACAUCAACUGAUUCUGAUUACAGUACCGACUUACCUGUUGUCAUGAGUAACGUCAUGUGUGUGGGGACUGAGUCAAGACUGAUAGACUGUCCCUACACCACUGGAGGUAGUGGGUCUCCUGUGAGCCUCGGGUGUACUUAUUUCGCUCCUUGUGCCCAUGGAGAUGUGAGACUCACAAACGGUCAGUCAGAGAAUGAAGGGAGACUAGAAAUUUGCAACUCAUUCUCUGUUUGGGGCACUGUAUGCAACAAACACUGGACUCAGGCCGUCUCAAAGGUCGCCUGUCACUCCUUUGGAUAUGGCUACGAAGAAGGGUCAUAUCACACAUACUCCACGUUCAAUCGGAUACCAGCCACCUUUGCAAUUGCUGCAGACUAUGUGAGAUGUUCAGGGUCAGAGAACUCACUGAGGGAGUGCACUUACUUCAGCCACAGCUUUUCUGAGUGUAGCCACAAUGACGAUAUUGGAAUUAUCUGUCCACCAGCAAACUGUGAAGAUAGAGACAUCAAGUUACGAGGCACAGCAGGGUCUGAAAAAGAAGGACUUGUUUUAGUUUGCAUCAACAAAAAGAUGGGGUCCUAUUUGCCAGAUCAGUAACGAGGCAAUUACAAAGACUCUGUGCCGUCAACUUGGAUAUACUAAUAGAGAUGGGCACUACUAUUGGAAAGGGGGAAGAGUAAUGCCAGCUCAAAACCUAGCACUGGAUUGCCAAGGCGAUGAGUCUCGUAUAUUUGACUGCACCAAUAGUCGCAGUGUUCCAAGACGUUGCCCUUAUUUCGACCUCGCCUAUAUUUCAUGUGAACCAGGUAUCACUUCUACAAAAACUGUUUGAAGCUAAAAAUUUUAGCUAACCCAACAUUUUGUAUGUUGUAGUGUUGACUUCUUUUCUUAGCAAGCUGUACGGAUGGGCAAGUGAGACUGGUGGAUGGAGUGACAGAUGUGGAGGGGAGGGUUGAGAUUUGCUUCAGUAGGAGAUGGGGGACCAUCAGUGGUGAUGGGUGGACUCAGACAGAGUCUACUGUCAUCUGUAAUAACCUCGGAUAUGAGGCCACUGGCAAUGACUAUUCAGUGAGGCCAGCCACAAACUCAAUGCCAGUGUUCAUAAAGACUGUCAGAUGUGCUGGUAGACAGCUGAGCCUCUUGGAAUGUGGCUUCAUAAGAAAUCUUACACACAGUGUCCACUUGGAAGACGUUGGAGUCAAAUGCAAAAAGUCUGAAUGUGAUGAUGGUGACCUGAGAUUGGUGGGAGGAGACUCAGAGAAUGAUGGGUUAUUGCAGGUGUGCUUCAGUGGGAGAUGGGGAACUGUCAAUGUAGAUGGAUGGACAGAUGUGGACACUCAAGUUACCUGCAGACAACUUGGAUUUAACAAUGCUGGGCUGUACUCAGCAAAUGCUGCCAGAAAGGCUCUCUCCACUCCAAUAUACAUGGACAAUGUUGGCUGCUAUGGAGCUGAAGCCAGACUCACCGACUGUGCCUAUUACAGAGACACCAGUGAAGACAGCCACUCUGGAGAUGUGUGGAUUGACUGCAGCAGCAGUGUUAACAGUAUUGAGUCCGACAACAACACAGCAACGGAUAGUGGUGAUAAUGUCACAGGCUUCAUUGUGGCUCUAGUUGCUUUAGUUAGCUUGGUUCUUUUGUCAAAUAUUGCAUUUGUUAGUUACAUUUCUGCUCAAAAGGAUUACACAAGAAAAUUAGAGUCUACUAUAAACAUUCUGCUCAAGGCAAAGGGGAAGCUAAUAUUAAUAUACCUGAUGAACCGGACUCCAAAGACUAUGAAAUUCCAAAGCCCACUGCAACUACACAAGAUGCUCACUAUGCUAAUCUGUCAUCUAGUGCACCAGCGAAACCUUCGGGCAUUUACCAGCCACUGAAAAUGAGCACACUAGAGAGGGAGAGUUGCUACACGGCUCCACAGAAAGCCAUCGGAGUAAAUGGCGGUGGUAAAGGGUAAAACCCUCCUCUACCAGUGUGUCAUUCUGGCAAUAGUGCUACCAACUACGCUAAUGCAAAACUAUUACACAUUAAUGAUUUAUUGUUGGUGAUUGAAUGAUUUAUGUCUUUUUUGUCUCUGUUGUAGCUAGCUAUCAUUCUGUUUUUGCA